CGAAGGACAGCGACGAUGGCCGCGGCGGCGGGCGGGGGCCCGGGGGCGGCGGCAGGAACCAUGGGCGCGGGGGGCGCGGGGGCGGCGGCCGCGGGCCUGGCCGUGUAUCGGCGGAAGGACGGGGGCCCGGCGAGCAAGUUCUGGGAGAGCCCGGAGACGGUGUCGCAGCUGGACUCGGUGCGCGUGUGGCUGGGCAAGCACUACAAGAAGUGUGUUCACGCUGAUGCGCCUACCAAUAAGACGCUGGCUGGACUGGUGGUGCAGCUUCUCCAGUUCCAGGAAGAUGCCUUUGGGAAGCAUGUCACCAACCCAGCCUUCACCAAGCUGCCUGCAAAGUGUUUCAUGGACUUCAAAGCUGGAGGCACCUUGUGUCACAUUCUUGGGGCUGCUUACAAGUAUAAAAACGAACAGGGGUGGCGGAGAUUUGAUUUACAGAAUCCAUCCAGAAUGGAUCGUAACGUUGAAAUGUUUAUGAACAUUGAAAAAACAUUGGUGCAGAACAAUUGUCUGACCAGACCCAACAUCUACCUCAUUCCAGACAUUGAUCUGAAGUUGGCUAACAAAUUGAAAGAUAUCAUCAAACGACAUCAGGGGACGUUUACUGAUGAGAAGUCGAAAGCUUCCCACCAUAUUUAUCCAUAUCCUUCCUCACAAGAGGAUGAAGAAUGGUUGAGGCCAGUGAUGAGAAAAGAGAAGCAGGUGUUAGUACACUGGGGCUUUUACCCCGACAGCUAUGAUACUUGGGUCCAUAGUAAUGAUGUUGAUGCUGAAAUUGAAGAUCCACCAAUUCCAGAAAAGCCGUGGAAGGUUCACGUGAAAUGGAUUUUGGACACUGACAUUUUCAAUGAAUGGAUGAAUGAGGAAGAUUACGAAGUGGAUGAGAAUAGGAAGCCAGUGAGUUUUCGUCAACGAAUUCCAACAAAGAACGAAGAGCCAGUCAGAAGUCCAGAGAGAAGAGAUCGGAAGGCAUCAGCUAAUGCUCGCAAGAGGAAACAUUCGCCUUCACCUCCCCCUCCUACACCCACAGAAUCACGGAAGAAAAGUGGCAAAAAGGGCCAAGCUAGUCUUUAUGGGAAGCGCAGAAGUCAGAAGGAGGAAGACGAGCAAGAGGAUCUUACCAAGGACAUGGAGGACCCAACACCAGUACCCAAUAUAGAGGAAGUAGUGCUCCCCAAGAACGUAAACCCAAAGAAAGAUAGUGAAAAUACACCCGUUAAAGGAGGAACUGUGGCAGAUCUAGAUGAGCAGGAUGAAGAAACAGUCACAGCAGGAGGAAAGGAAGAUGAAGAUCCUAGCAAAGGUGAUCAGGGUCGGUCACUUGACCCUGGUGAAGAUAAUGUCACGGAGCAGACCAAUCACAUUAUCAUUCCCAGCUACGCCUCGUGGUUUGAUUAUAACUGUAUUCAUGUAAUUGAGCGGCGUGCACUUCCUGAGUUUUUCAAUGGAAAAAAUAAAUCCAAGACUCCAGAAAUAUACCUGGCAUAUCGAAACUUUAUGAUUGACACGUAUCGCCUGAACCCCCAGGAGUAUUUGACCAGCACUGCUUGUCGGAGGAAUUUGACGGGAGAUGUGUGUGCCGUGAUGAGGGUUCAUGCCUUUCUAGAGCAGUGGGGACUCGUUAAUUACCAAGUGGAUCCGGAAAGUCGGCCCAUGGCCAUGGGACCCCCUCCUACUCCUCAUUUCAAUGUGUUAGCUGACACCCCCUCCGGGCUUGUGCCUCUGCAUCUUCGAUCACCUCAGGUCCCUGCUGCUCAGCAGAUGUUAAAUUUUCCUGAGAAGAACAAGGAAAAACCAAUUGAUUUGCAGAACUUUGGUCUUCGUACUGACAUUUACUCCAAGAAAACAUUAGCAAAGAGUAAAGGUGCUAGUGCUGGAAGAGAGUGGACGGAACAGGAGACCCUUCUCCUCCUGGAGGCCCUGGAGAUGUACAAGGAUGAUUGGAACAAAGUGUCAGAACAUGUUGGAAGCCGCACUCAAGAUGAGUGCAUCCUCCACUUUCUGCGGCUUCCUAUUGAAGACCCGUACCUCGAGAAUUCGGAUGCUUCCCUCGGGCCACUGGCCUACCAGCCUGUCCCGUUCAGUCAGUCGGGAAACCCAGUCAUGAGCACUGUGGCAUUUUUGGCCUCUGUGGUGGACCCUCGUGUAGCAUCUGCCGCAGCGAAGGCAGCUCUGGAGGAGUUUUCUCGAGUCCGGGAGGAGGUGCCGCUGGAGUUGGUGGAAGCACAUGUCAAGAAAGUGCAAGAAGCUGCACGCGCCUCUGGGAGGGUGGAUCCCACCUAUGGUUUGGAGAGCAGCUGCAUUGCAGGCACUGGGCCCGACGAGCCUGAGAAACUGGAAGGAGCUGAAGAGGAAAAAAUGGAAACAGAUGCUGAUGAUCAGCAGCCUGAAAAGGCGGAGAACAAAGGAGAAAAUGAAAUGGAUGAAGGUGAUAAAGCACAAGAUGGAGAAAAUGAAAAAAAUAGUGAGAAAGAACAGGAUAGUGAAGUUAGUGAAGAUAUCAAAUCAGAAGAAAAGGAGACCGAAGAGAACAAGGAACUCACUGAUGCAUGUAAAGAAAGAGAAAAUGACACCGCGAAGAAGAAAGUAGAACAUGAGAUUUCUGAAGGAAACGUUGCCACUGCCGCGGCAGCUGCGCUUGCCUCAGCUGCUACCAAAGCCAAGCACCUGGCUGCUGUGGAAGAAAGAAAGAUCAAGUCUCUGGUAGCUCUGCUGGUUGAGACACAAAUGAAGAAACUAGAGAUCAAACUUCGUCAUUUUGAGGAGCUUGAAACUAUCAUGGACAGAGAGAAAGAGGCUCUAGAACAGCAGAGGCAGCAGUUGCUUACGGAACGACAGAACUUCCACAUGGAGCAGCUAAAAUACGCCGAGUUACGUGCCCGACAGCAAAUAGAGCAGCAGCAGCAUGGCCAGAACCCUGCACAGGCACAUCAGCACGCAGGGGGUCCUGGCCUGGCCCCACUUGGAGCUGCCGGGCACCCGGGCAUGAUGCCCCAUCAGCAGCCCCCUCCCUACCCACUGAUGCACCACCAGAUGCCACCGCCUCACCCGCCCCAGCCAGGUCAGAUGCCAGGCCCAGGUUCCAUGAUGCCCAGCCAGCCCAUGCCAGGCCGCAUGAUGCCCACUGUCACAGCUAACAUCCACCCUGCUGGGAGCGGCCCUGCCCCUCCUGGGAUGCCUCCGAUGCCGGGGAACAUCUUAGGGCCCCGAGGGCCCCUCACAGCACCCAACGGCAUGUAUCCCCCUCCACCGCAGCAGCAGCAGCCACCACCACCUCCACCUGCAGAUGGCAUCCCUCCUCCACCUGCUCCAGGCCCACCAGCCUCAGCCACUCCGUAGCAGGAAGAGGCAGGACACCUCCAUGUCCACCGCCACUGCCAGAGUGGGGCCGGCCAGACUUGAGUUCCUUGGCCUCCUAGGGUUUAUUUCAGGAUUUUAUUUUCACAGCGCUACACGCACAUCUGUGUCUCCCCACUCCUCCUGACCCCCUCUCCAUGCUCUGACACAUCCUGUGCUCAGUGGGAAGGAAGCCUGUGAUGACAAUGUGGUGUGGUUGUCCUCAAACCGGCCUGUGUUUCCCCUGUCCCGGUAUGGGGUGUUGGCAGUUUACCGGUAGGUCCUGUCAGCAUUAGUAUUUGUGUGGAUUUUUGCUCUCCUGCUGUUUUGCUUUGUCUUAUGCUUCUAUGGAUAAUCCUCUAAUUUUUAUCCUUUUUUAUGUUAUGAUUUUGAAGGAGAGCAUCUGUAGUUAAUAGGAACCAAAAAAAUGGUGAUGGGCAGAAGGAUACAGCCACAGGGGACACUCCUUAAGGCAUUAUAAGUGACCUUAUUUCUGCUUAUCUGAGCUAAGAAUGGUGCUGCUGGUGAAGUUUCCUGAGACUUUGCCCGCUCAUCAAUGCACCAGAAUGAAGAGAUGGGAACAGGGGACACCCCAGUGAUAGAUACUUCCUUGUGAGGCCUCUGCCCAGCCUGGCAAAACAUCCUGUUUUAACUAGUACAUGGUAGAGGAGAGCACAAACGUGAGAAGACUCCACUCCUUCCCCAGGCCCACUGGUUCUGGUUUUCUAUGCAGAUAAUUUGCUGGGUUGGGGUGGGUGUGGUGUUUUUCUGAGGGUUGGAUUUGGGAGGCAUUCCUAGGUUCCCUAGACAAGCCAGGAAAGUUAAAGGAAACUAAGGCAGUGACCCCUCCCCCAGUCAGUAUAGCCUGCUCUGCAUGCCUGCUUUUUUUCCCUCCCUCUUAAAAAAAAAAACAAAACUUUAAAAUGAAAAAAAAAAAGUAGAUAGUGUUAAACAUUGUAGCUCAUGGAACUUGGUUAGGAUGCGUGGGGGUCAAGUCCCCAAACUACCUCUUGCAGUAGCCAGGGUGGGUGGAAUUCAUGAAGCGGUACCUAGGUUCAGGAUGGGAUUAGAAAAGGGAGGCAGGGUCAGCCUCUCAUCCCUUCUCCCAUGCCUUUCUGCAGUCUCUCAUUCCAUCUGUCAGAGGGUGUUGAGGAGGUGCUGAGGGUACAGGGGCCUCACUGGUUCCAGGGCUCGAUGCUUUAAUGUUUGGGAUACUCGGGCUGGGAGAGUGGGUGCCAUUCUAGAGGAAGAGUCACAGAGAUGCCUUAAUUGAGCCCAUAUCUACCCCUGCUGAUGAGGGACUGGAGAGCCCUUAUUUUGUGUCUUAUCCUUCUUCCAACUCCCUCCUGUCCUCUGACUAGCGAGAGAUGUUCUCAGCAGAGUGUGGUUUCCAGAACUCCUUGCUUCUUCACUUCACAUUUCAAGUGGCAGUUUUAUUAUUUGGAAUGCAAGGUAGAACAUCUUUUGGAUAUCUUUUUUUAUAUAUUUUCUAAUGCUUUACAUAUGAGAGGGUGUAGGGAGGUGUUUGUAAAACACCUUAGAACUUUUUCCCUUAAUAUCAGAAAGCAAAAAAGUAAAACUACAAUUCAGAUUUGCCUUCAGACCCUCAGGUUUGUCUCUAACCAGGUGGACCUGGUCAGCGUUAGAGUACUGGAAUACUGGAACCAAGGAGACCUUGUUCCUUUGGCGUGUUUGUUCUGGAUUCUUGGGGUGGAAAUGGAAAUGAGCUUGUUCCUACUGGAGUUUGCUUCCAAUGUAUUUGCUUCCAAAAAGACCCCAGUGCCUUUCAACAAUGGCCAGGGUUUUCCCUACUUCCCUCCAGUCUUUCCCAAAGGAAACUCAUUCCAAAUACUAAACUUUUCCCCUGGAGUCCUAGAAAAUGGAAUUCUGGUUCUUAACUGUGGUCCCUUGUAACCUCAGGUCUUUAAUGUGAUCACUUUCAAAUUUAAAAGAUCCAGGUGGAAAUAUUUUUACUAUGCUGGUAAUCUACAAAAUACCUGAAUUCAAUACUGUUACUUUUCAGAAUAAGUGAUGACAUUUUCAUUUUGAGUCUUUAAUCUGGUUUCAUUCCUGUAAUACAGCCACCCAAUGGGGGGGGGGGUGUAAUAAGUGGUUUUUGUACAAACAUCUUUCUCAGUGUGUUGUUAUUUUGGAAAAACGAGGGGAGGGAGUUUUGAGAAAUUGAAGGAAAUGAAUAAAUGAAAUACCAUUUCUGGA